UGUCCCCAGCCUGUCCCCAGGAGCGGCUCCAUGGCGGUGGCCGGCGCACUGGGUUCCCUGGCCGCGGUGGCCCUGGGCACCUUCGUGGUGGCCCUGCUGCUGCGGUGGCUCUGGGAUGCGCUGCUGGCUGUCACCCGAUUCCGGGCCACUUGUCGCCAGCUGAACAAGUUCCCCACCCCGCCCUGGCGCAAUUGGUUGCUGGGACACACUGGCAUGGGCCAGAGCACGGAGCAGGGCCUGCAGCAGGUGGACGCCUUGGUGGCCCGGUACCGUCAUGGCUGCCUCUGGUGGGGACUUCCCUGGCUGCCCGUCCUGCGCCUCUUCCACCCCAGCACCCUUCGGCCACUCCUCAGUGCCUCAGCUUUUGUGGCCCCCAAGGAUAAAACUUUCUACGGCUUCCUCAAGCCCUGGCUUGGGGAGGGGCUGCUGCUGAGCAGCGGGCAGCGCUGGGCGCGGCACCGGCGGCUCCUGACCCCCGCCUUCCACGGGGAUGUUCUCCGGGCUUACCUGGGAAUCUUCAACCAGAGCACCCGCGUGCUGCUCGCCAAGUGGGGGGCAGCAGCAGCGGCAGCUGCCGGGGGGCCGCUGGAGAUGGAGGUGCUGCAGCCCCUGAGCCUCCUCACCCUGGACACGCUCCAGAAGUGCAUCUUCAGCCACGAGAGCCACUGCCAGGAGCAGCCCAGCAAGUACAUCCAGGCCAUCCUGGAGCUGAGCUCGUUGGUGGUCCGGCGCCAGCUCCGGCCACUUCUCCACCCAUGGUGGCUGUACAGGCUCUCCUCUGAUGGCCGGCGCUUCACCCGUGCCUGCACCACUGUCCACGCCUUCACUGCUGACGUGGUGCAGCGCCGGCGCCGCGCACUCGCCCGCCUGGGCCACCAGGCCUGGCUGGAUGGCCACCAGGGACGCAGCAUGGACUUCAUCGACCUCCUGCUGCUCACCAAGGACGAGGACGGCCACACCCUGUCGGACGAGGACAUUGCGGCCGAGGCUGACACCUUCAUGUUUGAGGGCCAUGACACCACAGCCAGUGGCCUGGCAUGGCUCCUCUAUAACCUGGCUGGCCACCCUGAGCACCAGGAGCGGUGCCGCCGAGAGGUCCAGGAGCUCCUGGCCGGCCGGGAGACUGCGGACAUUGAAUGGGAGGACCUGUCCCAGCUGCCCUUCACCACCAUGUGCAUCAAGGAGAGCCUGCGGCUGCACCCUCCUGUCACUGCCGUGUCCCGGCGCUGCACCGAGGACGUCCCCCUGCGUGACGGCCGUGUCAUCCCCAAGGGGGUCAUCUGCCUGAUGAGUAUCUACGGGACCCACCACAACCCAGAGCUCUGGCCCGACCCUGAGGUGUUCAAUCCCCUGAGGUUCAGCCCAGAGAACAGCAAGGGACGAUCCCCGUCGUCCUUCAUCCCCUUCUCUGCUGGCCCCAGGAACUGCAUCGGGCAGAGCUUUGCCAUGGCUGAGAUGAAGGUGGUGGUGGCACUGAUACUGUCCCGGUUUGUGCUGCGGAGGGACACAGCGAGGCCACCCCCACGCCGCAAGCCCGAGCUGAUCCUGCGAGCCGAGGAUGGGCUCUGGCUGCUGCUGGAGCCACUGGUGGGAGUGGCCUGAGGGACACGGGUCACCAGAACAUGGGGACAUCCCGCCAGGCAGGUGUCACACCCAGGGGAGGAGCAGGGAAUCAAUGGUAGUGUGAAGGGGACAGCAUCGUGGUGGUGGAGGGGAUGUUUUGCCCUUGUUCAUGGGACACCUCACGGCGUGGACAUGUCCACCCCAGGACUUGUCCCCUAGGCCACUUGUCACCAUCUAUGGCCACAUUCCCCCAUGUCACCAUCUAUGUCUCUGACCCCGCCCAAGCCUGAUAUCUCCUACCACAGCCCUAUCCAUACCCAAGUCCAUGACCAUAUGCAUAUCCAGGUCCAUGUAAAUGUCUAUGGGCAUACCCAUCUCUGUGUAAAUAUCCAUGUCCCCACUCACGUCCCACAAUGCCCCCACCCAUGUCUUGGUUCAAUGUCUUUAUUUUUACGCCAAUGUUGGGAGAAGAGUUGAAGAAAAAUGAAAGAAAAUCAAGGCCGAAAUAAAAGCAUUUACCUGUCCACGCUGGCUGAGUAUGCAUGGGUUUGGGUGGGUAGACAGAACUUUUUUAGAGGCCUUUCCACUCCAUUGUCUCCAAAAUCUUGGUUUUCUGCCCCAGUCCAUUACUAUUUGGCUGUGGAAGAUGCCUGUAGCGCAGAGAGAAGUCGAAUAAUGGAAUGGUUUAGGUUGGUAAAUACCUCAAGGGGCAUCCAGUAUUCCUUGAUGCUGCCAGAAUAAAUUAUUGGAUAUAAAAGGUCAAAUUUUUGGGGGUGGAAAGUAAAAUCCGCUGUCCCAAACGAAUUCCUGACAUCAGUCUGCAUUCCAAUGGAUUUUUGGCCUGCUGAGUCCAGGUGCCCACGGAGAACCAGGAGGAUGUGGAGACCACCAGCCAGGUGAGCUCCCAACAUGGAUCACCAGGACCAUGGAUCACCAAGGCUCUGCCCAACGAGGGUCACUGGGGAGCAUCCAACAGGGUCCUCCAGUGGGGAUGGAGCUGGAGCAGCCCAUGAAGCUCUUCCUGCAUGCGGGGCACUCACAGGGCUUCCCUUACCAGUGCCCCCGUUGGAGUUGGGUCACGGCUGAGUUCUGGGAGGAGCUCUUCCCACACUGGGGACACUGUUAGGGCCUCUCCCCAGUGUGGAUCUGCUGGUGGGUGAUGAGGGUGGAGUUUU